CAAGCACGGAGCAGAGCUCAGCGUCGCGGACGGUGCGGUGGCCGUGGUGCGGGACGAGUGUGAAUUUCGUGCGCGAAAUUACGGCUGGAAGAAAAGUCGUGGGGGAGGGAUGAGUUGUUUUGGGAUCUCGUGUUGGGGUUGAUGCUCGGUUCAAAGCCGUCAUUUCCUGCCACCGGCCAAGCCGGGAGCGCACGUGUGCGCGCGUGUACGCAGCACACAUACACACAGAGUCUCGCGUUGACACGCACUCACUCAGGCACGCACAGGCGGCCCACGCAGAGCCAAGCGCUGCUCCUCCUCCUCCUCUGGAGCAACAGCGGCAGCAGCGGCAGCGAGGAUCGUUCCGUUUCACAUCUCUGCUCCACGUCUGCCCGCCAGUCUCACGUCACGUGCGUUCACAACGUCCGUAGCGAGUUUCUCCGAGAGAGUGCGGAGUCUUCUCCGCGCGUCCACUCCCCGCGAGCAGCCAUGGGGUUCUGGACACAGCUCUACCUGCUCCUGUGGAAGAACUUCACUCUCCUCCGGCGACAGAAGCUGCGGCUCUUAAUGGAGGUGUUGUGGCCGCUGAUGAUCUUCUUCAUCCUGAUCUCCGUGCGGUCAUCGUACCCUCCCCACGAGCAGCACGAGUGCCAUUUCCCAAACAAGGCGAUGCCAUCGGCGGGGCUGGUUCCCUGGCUGCAGAGCCUCGUGUGCAACAUGAACAACCCGUGCUUCCGGCACGCAACCCCCGGGGAGGCUCCUGGCACCGUCUCCAACUUCGAAAACUCGCUGCUCUCCCGUCUCUUUGAGGAGCUGCAAGAGGGCUUCGUGAACCUGACGCAGAAGGGCAGCGUCGAGGAGCUCCGUGGCUACGAGCGGCUGCUCAGCCUCAUCAAGGACCGCGACGUCCGUCGAAUAUUGCCAGUGGUGCGAGUGCGGGACAUGCUGACGGACGAGGAGGGCCUCUCCUUCUUCGCUCGGCAAGAUAACCUCUUCUCGGAGGCCGUCAUUGCACAGCUGCUGGAGGCUCACAUUCAUCCGGGCCAGGUGCUGGCCAACCUGACGGCGGCAGGCAUGCGCGCGGGCGUGUGCGACCCGGAGCUGCUGAGCCACGCACUGGUGCUCCCCGACCCGGCUGUGCAGCCCGAAGCCCAGCGCCAGCUGUGCAACCUGACCGAGACGCAGACGCGGGGCUUGCUCACCGCCUUCGUCGCCAGGCUUGACCGCUCCAAGCUCAUGCAGGUGAUGAUGCCUGGUGUGGAUCCCAAAACCUUGGACGUGGUGGGGACAAUGGUGGGAAACCUCCAAACGGUCACCAGGCUCAUGAAAGAGACCUUUGAGGAGCUUCAGGACGACUCGGACGGAGGUUCGUCGGCCCCCAACGGCACGAUGGGGCUGAUGCGCGGCUUCCGCUCGGUGUCGCGGCUCGUGUGCGGCUACCCCGAGGAGGGCCUCAUCACCAUCCGCUCCAUGAACCCCUACGAGGAGAACAACUUCAAAUCCUUCCUGAGCAGCAACAUGUCCGAAGAGAAGGCCUACGUCUACGACAACUCCACAACUGCGUACUGCAACAACAUGAUCCAGAGGAUGGAAUCAAACCUGGCCACGCGCUUCAUGUGGAACACUGUCAAGCCGCUGUUCAUGGGAAAGAUCCUCUUCUCUCCCAACACGCCCGCGGUGCAGCGCAUCGUGCGAGAGGCCAAUGACACGUUUGUGAAGAUGGGUAUGCUGGGAAAUGUGUUCGAGGCCUGGCGGGCGGUAAAGCCUCAACUCUGGGAGUUCAUGCAGAACAGCCAGGAGAUUAACGGCUUGAAGGACCUGCUGCGGACCCCAGAGGUGGCCUCCGUGCUGGAUGCCGCUCUCAACGGCACGGGCUGGAGCGUCGACAGCCUCCUCUCCUUCCUCAGCGCGCAGGUCGGCGGCAUGCCGGGCAUCGCCACGCACCUCCUCCAGCAGAACUGGCAGGUCCUCCUCAACGACACCGACGCCGUGCUGGAGACCGCCACCCAGUUCCUCGAGUGCAUGAACCUGGACAAGUUCGAGGGGCAGCCGGACGAGGAGCAGCUGGUGUCGCGAGCACUGGAGCUGUUGGAUGAGAACGAGUUCUGGGCCGGGAUCGUCUUCAUGGACCUGGACCCCAACUCCGAGGAGCUGCCCGCGCACGUCCGCUACAAGAUCCGCAUGGACAUCGACAGCGUGCAACGGACCAACAAGAUCAAAGACAGGUACUGGGACCCGGGUCCCAGAGCCGACCCCUUCGACGACCUCCGCUACAUCUGGGGCGGUUUUGCGUACCUCCAGGACUCCGUGGAGCAGGGGAUUAUCCGCGCCCAGACCAACGGGAGCCUCUCCGUGGGCGUCUACGUGCAGCAGAUGCCGUACCCCUGCUACGUGGACGACAUCUUCCUGCGCAUCAUGAACCGCUCGCUGCCCAUGUUCCUCACGCUGGCGUGGAUCUACUCGGUGGCCAUGAUCCUGAAGGAGGUGGUGCACGAGAAGGAGGCGCGGCUCAAGGAGACGAUGCGCAUCAUGGGCCUCAGCACCAGCAUGCUGUGGCUCAGCUGGUUCAUCAGCAUCCUCAUCCCGCUGCUCAUCAGCGCCGUGCUGCUCACCGUGCUGCUCAAGAUGGGGAACAUCCUGUACUACAGCGACCCCACGAUCGUGUACCUCUACCUGUGCGUGUUCGCCAUCGCCACGGUCAUGCAGUGCUUCCUCAUCAGCACGCUCUUCUCGCGUGCCAACCUGGCAGCCGCCACGGGUGGCAUCGUCUACUUCUCUUUCUACUUGCCCUACGUGCUCUGCGUCGCUUGGCAGAAUCAGAUCUCCUACUCCGUCAAGAUCUCCACGAGCAUCUUCUCCACGGUGGCCUUCAGCUUCGGCUCGGAGUUCUUCUCCCUCUACGAGGAGCAGGGCGUCGGCAUGCAGUGGGAGAACGUCUUCUCCAGCCCCGUGGAGGGCGAAGACUACACCUUCAUCUCCUCCAUAUUCAUGAUGCUGUUCGACGCCUUUAUCUACGGCCUCCUCACAGUCUACAUCGAGAACGUGUUCCCCGGCCAGUACGGAGUCCCCAAGCCGUGGUACUUCCCCUGCACCCGUGCCUACUGGCGCGGCGACACCAUGGAGAAGGAGCUGUACGAGACGAUCGCUCAGAAACAACCGCAGGUGGACAACAUUUUCGUGGAGGACGAGCCGGGCGACCUGCCCGUGGGCGUCUCCAUCCAGGGCCUGGUGAAGAUCUACAAUGCGGGCAAGAAGCUCGCCGUCGACGGCCUGAGCCUCAACUUCUACCAGGGCCAGAUCACCUCCUUCCUGGGCCACAACGGGGCCGGCAAGACCACCACCAUGUCGAUCCUGACCGGGCUGUUCCCUCCAACGGCCGGCACGGCGUACAUCCUCGGCAGAGACAUCCGGACGGACAUCGAUAAAAUCCGCAAGAACCUGGGCGUGUGCCCCCAGUACAACGUGCUCUUCGACCAAUUGACGGUGGAGGAGCACAUCUGGUUUUAUGCUCGGCUGAAGGGUCGCUCCGAGCAAGAAGCGAAGCAGGAGAUCGAGCAGAUGAUCCAGGACGUGGACCUUGCCCACAAGAGAAGCGACAUCUCCAAGAGCCUCUCGGGCGGCAUGCAGAGGAAGCUGUCCAUCGGCAUCGCGUUCGUGGGCGGCUCCAAGGUCGUGUUCCUGGACGAGCCCACGGCCGGCGUCGACCCCUACGCCCGCCGCGGCAUCUGGAACCUCCUGCUCAAGUACCGGCACGGCCGCACCAUCAUCCUGUCCACGCACCACAUGGACGAGGCGGACCUCCUGGGCGACCGCAUCGCCAUCAUCUCCCACGGCCGCCUGCGCUGCUGCGGCUCGUCGCUCUUCCUGAAGAACGCCUUCGGCGCCGGCUACUACCUCACCAUGGUGAAGCGCAGCGGCAGCGGCGGGAGCAACUCGAGCUGCCUGGCCGGGCUGGCGCGCUUCGAGGCUGACAGCAGCUUCACGGAGCGCACGCGCAGCCUGCUCAUGCAGGUGUGGCACGGCAGGCAGGCCCCCGAUGAUGAUCGCCACUCAGCGAGCAGCUCAGACGAAGGAUUCGGAAGCGAUGAAUCCAACCCCGACUCGAUCGCAGACGUGAGCUCGGUGACGCGGCUGUUGCAGCAACACUUGCCGGACGCCCGGCUCAUCGAGAACUUUGGGCAGGAGCUGACCUACUUGCUCCCCUCCCAUGGCGCCAAGGACGGCAGCUUCGCGCUGCUCUUCAAGGAGCUGGACGAGAAGCUGGCGGAGCUCGGCGUCUCGAGCUACGGCGUCUCGGACACCACGCUCGAGGAGAUCUUCCUGAAAGUAGCCGAGGAGCCUGCCACCAACAGUCACGCAAACAACGGGGAGAUUCCGAGGAAGAGACACAGGAGGAUACGUUUCUCCGGAUGUCAUCUGACGACCCACGCCGAGCCCGAAGUGGACAUGGAACUGGCCGAGAGGAACGUGUUUCAAGGAUACAGAAUCCCAGAGCUCUGGAAGAAAGCAGAGCUGGGAGAGUUGGAGAAGCUGAAUGAGCUCGAUGGGAAGGGCACGCAGCAAAUCAGCGGCAUACAGCUCAUCCUGCUGCAGUUCAAGGCCCUCUUCAUCAAGCGCUUCCACCAUGCCCGUCGCAGCCGCAAGGGAUUCGUCGCCCAGAUCAUCUUGCCGGCUGUGUUCGUUUGCUUGGCACUGGUCUUCAGCCUCAUCAUCCCUCCGUUCGGAAAGUACCCAAUGCUUCAGCUGCAGCCCUGGAUGUACGGAGAGCAGUACACGUUCCUGAGUAAUGAUGCUCCAGAGAACGUGAAAACGAACUCCCUGUACGACGCGCUGCUCAACAAACCGGGCUUCGGCACGCGCUGCAUGAACGGAGAAUCCAUCCCGAACGCCGCCUGCAUGGAGACGAAAUCCGAGUGGGUCCAGCCACCGAUGUCUCCGGCCAUGGCCCAGACCUUGCAGUCGCGGAACUGGAGCAUGGAGGAGCCAUCGCCGGAGUGCCGAUGCAGCGGAGAGGGGCGCCGAGUCAUCCUGCCCGACUGCCCCGAAGGGGCUGGGGGGCCGCCCCCCAUGCAGAGAGUGCAGAACACCACGGACACCCUGGAGGACUUGUCUGGGCGAAACAUCUCCGACUACCUCGUCAAGACCUACCCACAGGCCAUCCGCAAGAGUCUGAAGCACAAGUACUGGGUGAAUGAAAUCAGAUAUGGGGGCCUGUCUGUUGGCAAGAAGAAAUUAUCCAAUUCUGCCUCCCCCAAAGACAUGGACAUCGUCUUCACGAAUGUCAAGAGGGUCUUCCACAUUGAGAACAAGGCUGUUGAUGUACUGUACAGUGGCGUCAAAGACAUGGUGUCCUUCCUUGGGCCAAAGGAAACUAUCAAGGUUUGGUUCAACAACAAGGGCUGGCACGCCAUCGUGGCCUUCAUGAACAUGGCCAACAACGCGGUGCUGCGCUCGAGCCUGCCAGCGGGCACCGACCCCUCAGACUACGGCAUCACGGCCUACAACCACCCGCUGAACCUCACCAAGGAGCAGCUGUCGGAGGUCAUGCUGCUGACGACCUCGGUGGAUGUGCUGGUAUCCAUCUGCGUGAUCUUCGCCAUGUCCUUCGUGCCGGCGAGCUUCGUGCUCUUCCUCAUCCAGGAGCGCGUGAGCAAGGCCAAGCACCUGCAGUUCGUGAGCGGAGUGAACCCGACCAUCUACUGGAUCUCCAACUUCGCCUGGGAUAUGCUGAACUACACAGUGCCGGCGACGCUCGUGGUGCUGAUAUUCCUGUGCUUCCAGCAACAGUCGUACACAUCCGCUGCCAACCUGCCCGUGCUCAUCACCCUGCUGCUGCUCUAUGGGUGGUCGAUCACCCCGCUCAUGUACCCGGCGUCGUUCAUCUUCCGCGUGCCCAGCACGGCAUACGUGGUGCUCACCUGCCUCAACCUCUUCAUCGGCAUCAACGGCAGCAUCGCCACCUUCAUCCUCGAGCUCUUCGAAGAUGACCAGAACCUCAAGAGGAUCAACUCCGUUCUCAAGCAGAUCUUCCUCAUCUUCCCGCACUUCUGCCUUGGCCGUGGCCUCAUGGACAUGGUGAAGAACCAGGCCAUGUCGGACGCAUUUCAGCGAUUCGGAGAGAAUCGCUUUGUGGACCCGUUCAGCUGGGACAUGGUCGGCAAGAACUUGUUUGCCAUGGCCGUGGAGGGCAUGGGCUUCUUUAUAAUCAACCUGCUGGUGCAGUACCGCUUUUUCUGCAAGCCUCGGUCGCACCGUGGGAAGCUGCAGCCAGUUUCCGAGGAGGACGAAGAUGUGGCACGCGAGAGGACUCGGUUGACCAACGACGAGGGAGGGAGCGAUACGCUUGUCAUCAGAAACCUCACCAAGGUUUACAAUGGCAAAAAGAAGCCAGCGGUGGAUCGCAUCUGCGUUGGGAUUCCUCCGGGAGAGUGUUUUGGCCUGCUGGGAGUGAAUGGGGCUGGAAAAACCACGACAUUCAAGAUGCUGACAGGAGACACGGACAUCACGAGCGGGGACGCACUUCUUAACCGAUACAGCAUCCUGACCCACAAGCGGGAGGUGCACCAGAACAUGGGCUACUGCCCGCAGUUCGACGCCAUCAACGACCUCAUCACGGGACGGGAGCACCUGGAGUUCUACGCACGCCUGCGUGGGGUCCCCGAGAAGGAGGUGUCCAGGGUGGCAGCGUGGGGCAUCCGUAAGCUCGGUUUGACCAAGUACGCGGAUCGCGCAGCCGGAAACUACAGCGGUGGGAACAAGCGGAAGCUGUCGACAGCCAUCGCCCUUGUGGGGUGUCCACCCAUCGUUUUCCUGGACGAGCCGACCACCGGGAUGGACCCGAAGGCACGGCGUUUCCUGUGGGACUGCAUCCUCAGCAUCAUCAAGGAGGGGCGGUGCGUGCUGCUCACCUCACACAGCAUGGAGGAGUGUGAGGCGCUAUGCACGCGCAUGUCCAUCAUGGUGAACGGAAGAUUCCAGUGCCUGGGCAGCGUGCAGCAUCUCAAGAACAAGUUUGGCGACGGCUACACGGUGACGCUGCGCGUGGCCGGCUCCCCGCCGGUGCUGCCGCCCGUCGAGGAGUUCAUCGACUCGGCGUUCCCCGGCAGCCUCCUCAAGGAGCGCCACCACAACAUGCUGCAGUACCAGCUGCCCUCCGCCGAGUCCUCGCUCGCCAAGAUCUUCAACCUGCUGGCGCUGCGCAAGGAGGAGCUCAACGUCGAGGACUACUCCGUCUCCCAGACCACGCUCGACCAGGUGUUCAUCAAUUUUGCGAAGCACCAAAGCGACGAGGAUCACAACAGCAUCAUCCAGACGAGCGUUGUCUGAGCGGCGCUGCGUGGAAAGAGACUGCCAACUCAAAUUCCAGUCUUGGAUGAAGAUGAAAAAAGUUUGAAAAAAAAAGUUUAUAUAUUAAAAAAAACUGGUAACCUGCAGAAUCAAUGCAAUGUAUGUUGAGAGUAACUGUGCAAUUAAUGCAACGUAUUUUCCAAAAAAAGAGUAGGUUUGCACUUGUUCACGCACCGUAUAUUAACGCGAUUUUCUUGAAAGCCACAUUGUUAGUUUUAGUAAGACUUUUUGACGAGUUUGCGACGCACGUUGUUUAAAAGGAUAGCAUAGUCGCAUGCCUGGGGUUUUGCAUCUUUACGCCUUCCACAAUAAUAAAUUGUGAGGGCUUUUUUUUCCAUUACAUAUUUAACAACACAAUUUGAUUAUUAUUAUAAAUUUUAUACUUAAAAAAAAUACCCCAACAUUUAACUUACUAUUACUGUGCUUCAGUAUUGGCACCAAAGUGUGAAACGCCAUUUUGCUUUUUGGUGGACACCAUCCCCAAAGUUGGGUUUAUUUUCAUUUGUCCGUCGUUCCAGGUAUUUUGCUAAACGCUUUCGAAGGUGAUGGGCAUGUUGGUAUUUUACUGUGCACAAUCUGGGGACCAUUGAUAAAACUGCAGAUGUCAACUCGUGAUUAUGGACCGAGGCUCCCGUUGUUCUUCCUGUAAGAGAUCGAAAACAAAACCAAGCGGCUUCCUUUGUGGAUCGCCCAUUGUCGGCUUGAUCGAAGUUUUGCUAAGGGGGUGUUUACUUGAAAAAUCCUGAAUUAGUUUCUUUUUUAUACAACAGGGCACCAUGUAACGUAAGCAGCAGCUGGUCUGCUUCAAGGUUGCAAAUUAUUAUGUCAUAUGUGGACAUCUGAUCAAAACUGAAAUCAGGACUUCUUUGUAAUAAAAAAAAAUACCCAAAGUGUUUUUGUUUUUAAAACACCCUCCACCCUGAGCAAACACUGUCGACGUUACGUUGAAAGAACAGCAACGGCUACUUUUAAUACAUUUCCAUUGCGCUCAACUGUGCGUUUUCUUUUGGAUUAAUGUUUGCAGAAACUCUUCGAUUUCUUGCACGGUCAUUUUUUUUGUUUGGUAUUCCCCCCCAAAACGAUUCUUUAAUUGAUGGAUAUCACGAACAACUGGAAACUCCGCAGCAUAAUCAAGUGCGAGGCGUCCUUUUUGUUUUUUUAUAAUCUGUGGUAUUGCUUUGCGCGUUGAAAAAAAAUCAAUGCAAAGAAAAUUUUUGCACAUGGUCAGUUUUUUUGGUUUAAACAAACAAAAAAAUUCAUUGUGCUGCGUUUUUUUUUUGGUGCUUUGGUAAAUUGUAAAUUGUAUGCUCUUAACGUUUUUGGCUGUUUUAAUUUUAAAUAACCGAAACCAAGCGUAUGAAUAGUAUUUCAUAUCUGUGCGCACUAUCAGUGCCGAACAUAAUUUAUCGCUGUGUUAACAAUUCUUAAGGAUUUUUACGAUUGGUGAAUCAGGAAAUAAUUGUUCUGAUUUAUAUAAAUGUGGGUGUAUGCACGUACGGAUUUUGUACGCAUCCUGCACUCAAAUAUAAUACACUCUCUAGUUUGGCCAAAUUGUUUAUGCCACAAUGCCUGGAGUGUUUUGUAAAGUGAACUCAAUUGCAACGAGCUUUACGAGUCUUAACCAUUAAAUUCAAGUUCAAGUUCAUUUAUUAGGUAUAGCCCUGUGAGCCAUUGGGCUCUUGAAUGCAACCUAAACGAUAAGAAAGUACUUCCAAAGAUUGCCAUUCAGAAAAAAAUAUAAAUUAUGCACCGGUUAUAAACUCGUCGAUGAACAACAUCACGGGGACUCGCUGCUGUAUUUGCGUCAAAUUUUUUCAUUGGAACAUACUCUUUGGUUAUUUCGAUAAAGUCAUUGGAACAUCCACCGGAAAGUGUUGAAGGUUGUUUUACAAAGACCCUGUGGUUGAAAUUUCAAACUGUAGUCAUUAAGGGAAUCUAAAAUGUCCCAGCAGGUCUAAGGCACUUAAACUAUCCAUUUUAUAACAUCUGUCCCAUAUUAUAACGUACGGCCAUUACACAAUCCAGUGCGGUAUGGUCUCCCAACACUGUCGGUCACAGGGGUUGUUUGAUCACACUUCACCAUGCUGGUCCACUGCUUGUUGGUUAAGUUCCCAUGGACUGGUCCGGAUAUCCCCUUUGUCGUCGUUGCUAAUAGUGGCCAGGUCAUCGGGUUCAUAGCACAGUGCAAUCACUGCGUCACCUCUCCACCCCCCUAGCGUAUUAUAUGUUACAUUUCAGCAAAGUGGUUAUGUCAUCCUGUUACAUGGAUGAUUUUUGUUUCUGAAAAUACAUGUUUCCAUCAUCCGAAUCUCAGCUCUCAUUCAAUUUAGAAAUCUUCAGGAAAGAACACCCUUCUUCAAAUGUUCACACUUUGUAGUAUCUUUGCUCUGUUGGAGCAAUAUUAAUACAAUGUUAACAAGAAGCAAACCCCAUUGCGCAAAGAUAAUUACACAGUCAUUAUUGCCUUCAUAACCCCCGAUUGUAUAUGAUGGCAUAUUGCAGUCACCAGCCGCUAAUGUGCAGAGGACUUGAAUCGACUUGAAUCCUGGACGAAAUUUGGGUUCAACUUCUGAUGAAGCCUGUGGAAAUGUCCAACCACAUUGCUGCUGUCUAACCGAGAGUGACUGCUAUACGCUUUUGGAUUUCAUGGGUGUCAGGACAAACCCGUCUUUAUUUAGAUAUGGCUAAGUGACACCCACUCAAAUGUUCGCCACUGAACAGUGCGCUCACGCACACACACGAUCAACACACACACAUUCACACAGUCAUCACACAGCAUGUGAACAGCACAGUUACGCCACACUCGACACUCUUACAGUCAGCACGCUCACUAACAGUCAGCAGACACACAUUAAGAGUCAGCAGACACACAUUAAGAGUCAGCACACACAGUCAUACAGUCAGCACACAGCACACAUGCGUGUUAGGGAACCCCCAACUUCCAAGGUGUCUGUUGUAACCAUGCUAUGCAUACACACAGCGAGAGAUGGCCAUUUACGGCAUUGUUUACCAUUCUAUCCUGUGUUUUCAUGCCACAGAAAUAAGACUUACACAGUUGUUAUCCAGAGGGUGGCUUUGGAAGUAUUGCGACGGAUUACACACACUGUAUUAGCGGCUUGCCAUCAGGUACAUUGAUUGGUCAAUAUUGUCAUUUUCAUUUGCACUGUCAUUUUCGCCACUUAUAAAACAUACAACUGACAACCACUUUGAGUGGUGAUUUCUCAUGUUUAACUUUUCGCUUUCAAUUAACAUGUUAGUUUAUUCGAGUGACAAUUUGGUAAUUAUCGACUUGUGAUUUCUUUUUUUUCUUAAUUCCUGUGUAUUGUAGAAUUACUGUAAUGUGAAUAAAAUUUGGUGUUUUUGUUAAAUGUAA